AUGGCUGACAGCAGUAUCGUGACUUUAGGGAUGGCCCGGAGUCUGCUGGUGGAUUGUUCGGUCUAUGACUCGCGCAUCGCUGAAACCACCAGGGAUCACGCGUUUCUGGGCAUGGCCUGUGAAGAUGCAGAAGAGAUACUCCUUCCUAAAGUGGAGACCAGGGUGGUUCUGGUGGGAGAUGCUGGAAGGGACGCAACGCUGGUCAAAGCUGUUCAGGCCAUCAGAGUUAUCGAAGUACCAGUGGUAAAGAUAAGGGAUGCAGAGACUGGAGCGGAGGAAAAAAUGAUGAUAAAAUCUAUUGUCAAUAUGGACAUCAAUGCCCCCUGCAUAAUUACCGACAGUGUCCAGGAAUUUGGCGACGGCGAGAACACAGAUUUUGAGACGGUUUUUGUGUUGACACACUUUGAUUGUCCAGACUACACCUACCUCUACAAACGGGACAACCGCAUCGUGGGGCCCCCCGUGGUGAUGCACUGUGCUGCCAAGCAAGAACCGCUGCUGUUCUCCUGCCGCCCGCUCUACUCCACCACGAUGCUCAAUCUGUCGCUGUGUUUCACCGGCUUCAGGAACAAGGAGGAAAUGAAAAACUUGGUGAAUCUGGUGCAUCACAUGGGAGGUACCAUACGAAAGGACUUCAGCACCAAGGUCACACAUCUGAUUGCUUACUCCACCCAUGGAGAGAAAUACAGGCUAGCAGUUUGCAUGGGGACGCCUAUCCUCACGCCUAACUGGAUUCUCAAGGCCUGGGUGAGGAGAGAUGAUGUGACCUUCCACGCUGGAGACGAGGAAUUCAGGACCGAGUACAAAGUCCCUCCGUUUCAGGACUGUAUUCUGAGUUUUUUAGGUUUCUCAGAUGAAGAUAAAGUGAACAUGGAGGAGCGAACACUGAAGCAUGGCGGCACUUAUCUGGAGGCGGGGAACGAGCGCUGCACGCACAUGGUGGUGGAGGAGAACUUGGUGAAGGAACUGCCCUUUACUCCAGACAAGAGGCUCUAUGUCGUCAAGCAAGAGUGGUUCUGGGGAAGUAUACAGAUGGACGCCCGAGCUGGAGAAUCGAUGUAUCUCUAUGAGAAGAACGACAGUCCCGCCAUGAAAAAGGCCGUGUCGCUCCUCUCCCUCACCACCCCAACCAGUAACAGGAAACGGCGGCGGCUCAAAGACACACUGGCACAGCUCACCAAAGAGACGGAUAUCUCCCCGUUCCCCCCUCCCCGAAAACGUGCCUCAGCAGAGCACUCGCUGUCUAUGGGCUCCCUGUUGGACAUCUCCAACACCCCCGACACGUGCAAGGGCCUGGCAGUGAGCAGGGUGAGGGUCAGAUCUGACAGCACAGGUGAUGCAGCAGUGACCAGGAGAAAGGCUCGAAGGCACUCUACUACUGCCAGACACAGAGGGAGGAGUAGGACAGACAGGGAGCAGAGGAGAGCCAGGUCUUGCCUCAGUGCCAUCCAACAAGCAGCAGAGGAGGAUCUCAUUGCAUCAGCAGAAAGCUCAAAGCCUUCGAAGAGCUCCACUCCGGUCGUGUCAAAGCAGUCGGCGAGGUGGCAGGUCUCCAAGGAGCUGUACCAGACGGAGAGCAACUAUGUGGAUAUUCUCAGCACCGUCCUCCAGCUCUUCAAGUUUCCACUAGAAAAAGAGGGACAAGUUGGAGGGCCAAUUCUUGCACAAGAGGAACUAAAGACCAUAUUUGGUAGCAUCCCAGAUAUAUAUGAAGUUCAUAAAAGGAUCAAGAGCGACUUAGAGGACCUUCUGACAGAUUGGUCUGAAAACUGCAGUGUUGGGGAUAUUAUCUUGAAAUAUUCCAAAGACCUGGUGAGGACCUAUCCACCUUUCGUCAACUUCUUUGAAAUGAGCAAAGAGACCAUCGUACGGUGUGAGAAGCAAAAGCCACGUUUUCAUGCUUUUCUCAAGAUAAACCAGGGAAAACCGGAGUGUGGAAGACAGACACUAGUGGAGCUGCUCAUUCGACCCGUGCAGCGGCUGCCCAGUGUUGCGCUUCUUCUAAAUGACAUCAAGAAGCACACUGCAGAUGACAACCCUGACAAGAUUACCCUGGAGAAGGCAAUUGAGUCUCUGAAAGAAGUCAUGACACAUAUCAACGAGGACAAGAGAAAAACUGAAGGCCAAAAGCAAAUUUUUGAUGUGGUUUAUGAAGUUGAUGGCUGUCCUGCCAACCUGUUGUCCUCACAUCGCAUCCUGGUCUAUCGGGUAGAAACUAUCGCUUUGGGAGAUCAGCCGUGCGAUCGUGGAGAAAACGUCACACUCUUUCUCUUCAACGACUGUUUGGAGAUUGCACGAAAGCGCCACAAAGUCAUCAAUACGUUCAAGAGUCCACUGGGACAGACCAGACCUCCGCCUCCGCUCAAGCACAUCGCACUGAUGCCUCUGUCCCAGAUCCGGAGGGUGCUGGACCUGCAGGAUACAGAGGAAUGUGUAAAUGCCUUCGCCCUGGUGGUGCGCCCUCCGACCGAACAGGAGAAUUUGUUGUUUAGCUUCCAGCUGACCGGGGAGGACACGGUUAAAAGUGCCUGGCUGCGGAUGCUGUGUCGUCACGUCGCCAACACCAUCUGCAAGGCUGAUGCGGAGGAGCUGAUUCAGAGCACAGACCCGGACUCUCUCCAGGUCAGCACCAAGGACAUGGACAGCACUCUGAGCAAAGCCUCCCGGGCCAUCAAGAAGACCUCCAAGAAGGUAACGCGGGCGUUCUCCUUCACUAAAACCCCCAAGCGUGUGAUCCAGAGAGCGUUCCUGGCCAACAAUACCCCUGAUGAGAAGAGGCUGAGCUGUGAGAACCGCAUCGGCAGCAGUGCCACACUCGCUAUGUCUCGCUCUACCUCCACGUUCAGUCUGAGCGACUCCUCUAAGGGCGGUGCAGUGGUCCAGCGUUCCAACUCCCUGGACCACCCCCCUCUCCGAAUCCGUGUCCCCCGUAGCCCCCGUCCCGACAAAGCCCCCCUGAGCCCAGCCUUUUACCCCCGCAGCAUGUCUCACAACAACUCCACGUCCAUCCUCCACGCCCCGCUCGCCCACCUCUCUCCCCCCGGGCCUCUUUCCGCUUCCACCCCGUCGGCCAGAAUCUCCACCCAGGUCCAAGCCACAGCCGCCCAUCUUAAACCGGGGAAGUACCCCGUGUGGCAUGUACCCUCGGUGGGUUUCACGGCUGCAAACGGCGCCACCAACUCUCAGGGCCAAAGUAGUUCUGCAGAGCCCAUGUCUGUCCCCAGUCCUCGUAAGGAGACCCUGCUCUAG